UCCGCCUCCACCGCCCCCUGAGCUGCAACGCUGUCUGCAGCACGGACCCCGUGCACGCUGCGUCUCUGCCGCCGGCUGAGGUGAGCUGCCCCCCCGUCCCCUCCUAUUCCUCCGGUGCUUCUCGGAGCAAAAUGCGCUGAUCCCCGCUGCGUCGGAGGCAGGAUGAUUUCUGUCGUCUCCACUGUGGAGAGCGCUCCCAUAGGAACGGGCACACCGGCGCCGAGCCUCUACCAGCGGAUCAGGAAGGUGUUAACCAGGGACCUGCUAGUGACCCUGGCCCUGGGCCAGGUUCUGUCCUUGUUAAUCUGUGCUAUUGGUCUGACCAGCAAGUACCUGGCUGAUGACUUCCACGCUAACACACCGGUGUUCCAGAGCUUUCUCAACUACAUCCUGCUGUUUCUGGUCUAUACCACCACACUGGCAGUUCGGCAAGGGGAGGGGAACCUGCUGGCCAUUCUGAAGCAGCGCUGGUGGAAAUACAUGAUUUUGGGUUUGAUAGACAUUGAGGCCAACUACCUGGUCCUGAAGGCUUACCAGUACACUACACUCUCCAGUGUACAGGUCGUCAUCAGCAGUGUCGAACUGUCCUCCUUCCUCAUUGGCUGUUUUCACAAGUUUGAGAAUAUCUGUUAG